AGAAAACCACAUACACAAAAUCAGACAAAUCUUCUUCAAAAAAAUGGCGAACGAAAACUCAAGAAAUUUUCAAGAAUUGGACAUAGGAACCAUGAUUCGCUUCAAGAUGAGGAAUACGGGAGACUGGUAUCAGGGAUCGGUCUUCUACUUUAGCCCACAACCAAAUGGUUCUCUUUUUGGAAUUCAGAACGUAAGUGUGUGGAGGGUGGAUGGGAGAUAUGAACAUGUCUCAGGGUUUAACCACUUUAAUCUAAACGACAUUACGGAGUUGCAAGUAAAUGUUGUUGCAAGGCAAAACCCAAUCAACAUUCAGGAUGGUCAGAACAAUAAUCGAGAUGGUGGAUCAUCAUCAUCCAAAUCAAUUGAGAACAAGAUGGGAUCUCUCCGCCUAGAUCCACAUUCACAGUGAUUCUUGAAUAUCACAUAUUUCUACUUAUAUUCCUUAUACAUAACAUAGAUAAAUGAAGUUAUGAACCGUACGUAGCAUCCAGUAAUGUACGUAGUUUAUAACCUCUCUUACCACUAUACAGAGAAAUGUCAUUGUGAGAUUAAGCGAU